AUGGGUAAAGACUACUACGACAUCCUCGGCGUGUCUAAGAAUGCCGAUGCAACAGAACUUAAGCGUGCAUACAGAAAGCUUGCUAUGAGAUGGCACCCAGAUAAAAACAAAGAUAACGAAGAUGUCGCUAAAGCUAAAUUCCAAGAAAUUUCCGAGGCUUACGAUGUUUUAAGUGAUCCAGAGAAGCGUAAGGUAUACGACCAAUUCGGUGAAGAAGGCCUUAAAGCCGGCGCUGGUGGUGGUGGCUUCCCAGGUGGUUACAGAUUUACACAAGGCAACGCUGAAGAGAUCUUCCGUAAUCUCUUCGGUGGUGGCAGCCCAUUCGGCGAUAUCUUCGGCGGAAUGGGAGGCAUGGGCGGAAUGGACGACGGUGGCUUCUCAUUCAAUUUCGGCCCAGGAGGCAUGGGCGGAAUGGGUGGCAUGGGCGGUAUGGGUGGCCGCCGCAAGCCACGCAAGCCAGAGCCACUUACUAUCGAGCUUCCAUUAACACUCGAACAAUUAUACUCUGGCUGCACAAAGAAGAUGAAAAUCACUCGUCGUAUCAACGGCAGAGAUGAUCCAAAGGUUCUCCAGAUAGAUGUUAAGCCAGGCUGGAAGGAAGGAACUAAAAUUACCUUCGAAGGUGAUGGAGAUCAGAACCCUGGCCAAUUAGCACAGGAUGUUAUCUUUGUUAUCAAACAGAAGCCACAUGAUGUUUAUACUCGUGAAGGCGAUAACCUUGUUACAGAAGAAAUUAUCUCAUUAAAGCAUGCACUUUGCGGAUAUACAGUUACAAGACCAGGUAUUGAUGGUGAACCAGUCCGUCUCGAUGUUCAGGAUAUCAUUUCUCCUGGUGGCGACUUCAGAGUUCCUGGAAAGGGUAUGAUUAACUCAAAGACAGGCCGCCGUGGUGAUGUGAUCUUCAGAUUCAAGAUUGCUUUCCCAGGCAAUUUGUCAGAACAACAGAAGGAAGUUCUUCGUCGUACUCUCCCUGAAUAA